AUGGAUUCCUUUAAGGUGUACAUUUCAGAGGAGGAGGAUUGCUUGUCUCCAUCCACCCUCCCCUCCGUCUCCCCGCCUUCCUCGCCGUCAUCUCCGGGGUCAUGGCUUCGCGGUCCCCUUCUCGGCUGCGGAGCCUUCGGGAGCGUCAGCCUCGCGAUUGACGGCACAACCGGCCACCUGAUGGCCGUAAAGUCGGUGACGGCUAGCAGCGAGAGCGACCGUCAGCAGUCGCGGGAGUUGGAUGCGCUGGAGAACGAGCGGCAGAUCCUUCAGAAAGUGAGCUCGCCGCGGGUGAUCGAGUGCUACGGCGCGGAUUGGUCUGAAGAAAACGGCGUCAAGUCGAGAAAUCUCCUCCUAGAGCUCGCUUCAGGCGGCUCUCUGGCCGAUCUGCUGAAGAAAUUCAACAAAGGCGACGGCUUGGACGAGAUUCUGGUUCGGAGGUUCACGCGGGGAAUCACGGAGGGGCUUCGGGACUUGCACGCGCGCGGGAUCGUGCACUGCGACGUGAAGGGACAGAACGUGCUGCUGUGCAAAUCUGGCGUGAAGCUCUGCGAUUUCGGCGCGUCGUUUCAGCUCGACUCGCCUGGGUCGUCGAGGGAUUUGUCGGGAACUUCGCCGCGAGAUUCGCCUCAGCCGCUGGAUGUUAGCGAAGAUCGCGAAGCCAGUGUUACCAGGGACGCGCGAGCUCGCGAAGCCGGAUGCGCAAACGUUGCGGGGAAGGCGAAUCUGGCGGGAACGGCGGAGCGGAAGCAGAUGAAAGGGACGAUCUGCUGGAUGGCGCCGGAGGUGGUCGCGGAGAAGGGCGCGACUCCCGCGUCUGACGUGUGGUCUCUGGGAUGCACCGUUAUUGAGAUGCUCACGGGACGUCCGCCAUGGGUUUCCAAGGAAUCCGUCACGCAGAAUCGCCAAUCUCCGAAGUCGUUCAUGUCGGUUCUGUACAAGCUUGGCUGCUCCGUAGAAGUUCCUGAAUUUCCGGCGAGGAUUUCCGCUCAGGGACGGGAUUUUCUGCUGAAAUGCCUGGAUCGCGAUCCGGACGGACGGUCGUCGGCUGAGGACCUGCUGCAGCAUCCGUUCAUUCGAGUUGCAUCAGGCGAGAGCGAUGUUGCUCUGACGGAUCAGUUGACGUGCAGCCAUGACACAGGGACAGAUGAUUUCAACUUUUUCACCAGCACUCCCGGGGAUUCAGAUUUCAACUGCGCAGAUGAGGACAGUGCUGCUGCUCAUGGUGCAGACUGCUUGAUCGCUGGUAGCUUCAACAUGCAGCGUGGUAAAGCAGCAUCUGGGAUCAUCAACACCAACAACACGACUCCAGUGGACCAUCCCCGUCCAGCCUUCACCAUGCCUCCGCCUCUCAAUCUCUCCUUUGAUUUCACCAGCGAGCCGAGCGUUGGACCCUUGACAGCACGUGGGGAAGGUCCCAGCUGCUUUGAAGGUUUCUUCAGCCCGACCAGCUUCAACCACAGUCCGACAUCUGUGGAUGAUUCGCCGAAUGCAGGUGCCGCUGGCACUGUGGACCAUGCUGCAUUCAAACUAUUCGACAAUGCAUUUGCUUCUUCUUUCCUCUCGGGAACACCCUCUCCGCAUCUCCUCUCUCCACUGCACGAGGUUGCACGUGCUUUCGGUGCUGGUUCCUUCUCAGACCAGCUUUUCCCAUUAAACAAGCUUUCUCCAGGAAGCCCUUCAGAUGAGCCUUUGUUUCCUCCUGCACGCUCAGCACCUGGGUCCUUCCAUACUUCCCCUCAGCCUUCAGCAUCUCCUGCAGCCGCGCCACUGGUUACCUCUUCCUCUCUGUUUUCUCUCUUUCAAGACUUGAGCUCUCGUGAGGAGUCCACUCCUGCUCUGCCUGCAAGGGCGUUCCCUCUAGUUUCUGAGAUUUCUCUUUCUCCCCAGCCUAACGGCUGUGAUUUGUCGAUGCAAACUCGGGAUUCGUCACCAGCAAGCAACGAUACUGCUGGGCGUGAUGCUGACAGCCGCUGCUGCUGUGUGAUUGAGAAUAAUAGCAGCCAGAUUCCUUCGUGGAGAUCUGCACCUUCUGCGCUUGGUGUUGAAGAGUCAAAGUUUACAAGUGCUUUUGAUAAGCAGACCUUUUGGAGGGAAGUUGGUCAGAUGUCAAGGGUUCUUUUCAGGGCGGAAGCUAGUGUGGGUUAA